CGACUUAAAAAAAAGACCUCGACUUUGACACAGAGAUCAGACCCAAAAUCGAGAAUGGCGAAGCCACUGGGAGCAACGGGCGAGUUCUUCAAGCGCAGAGACGAGUGGAGGAAGCACCCAUCGCUCACCAGCAACCUCCGCCACGCGACGCCCGGCCUCGGCAUCGCCCUCGUCGCCUUCGGCAUCUACCUCGUCGGCGAGGCCGCCUACAACCGCAUCAACCGCUCCGAUCCUCACUCCGGUCAAUGAUCAGCGGAAACCCUAACCAAAGGUUUUGCUGAAAGAAUUUGUGGACCUUUUCCAGGAUUGUUCUUUUUCAUGUCGUGGCCUGAGAUCGCAUAUUUCUCAAGACAUUUGCUGGUAGAAUUUCUUAUAGGAUGUAUGAAUGCAUUGCCUUCAUUAUGUUUCUGAUAAUAAUUUCCCAACUAGGGUCAUAACACUUCACAUGUAGUAAUUUACAUUCUAUUCUGCAAACCUUGACAUCCUCAGCAUCUAUAAUAUUUUCCUGAUCUGUCUUUAUCAUUAGGAUGUCUCACUUUA